AUGUCCACUAUCGACAUAGACACCACUGCGCUCCACGCCUUCAACCCGUCCACUCGUCUCCCGUCUGGCAUCACAGUCCCGCCGUCAACCAUCCAUCUCCUCGACAACUUUUUCCGCGUCGUUGACAGCCUUCCGUCGGAGCCUACGAACUCUCAAAAAUUCACGUCCAUCUUCACCUCUGACGGAACCUGGAAGACCCCGGAUGCCGCGUUCCGCGGUCAUGACCAGCUUGCCCAAUCCGGCACGUCCUGGGAGUUUCUCCGCAUGCUGAAAUCUUUCCAGCAUCAUGUCGGCAAGAUCUAUGCUCUCGAUGCCGAGGGCAAAGAUUUGAUGGUAUGGGGAAACAUUCUGAUGCAGACGGUAGACGGGGAGAAGCACGAUGUAGUCUAUUCUGCCAAGGCCGACAUUGAGGUCGAUGCUCGCGGGGAGGCAAGGCUGGCCUUCUUCCAAGGGUGGAGCUCGAGGGUGUAG